UAUCAGCAGCGAUUAUGUUUGCCAAAUGACCCCAUGCUUUACUGACUAAAUACAAGUAAAAAUAGCUAUAAACAUGACGAAACAAUAAUUUAAGAAUCGAAUUUAAUUAAUCACAAACUACCGAAGCUAUAUAUUUAUGGUUUUAAUGUCAUGGCAAUCGCUUCAACUCUGAUAAUGAAGGUUUAGAAUACGACGGUUAAUUCAUUCCUAGAUCAAUCAAUAUUAAAAUAUAAGGACACGAAAAUUGAAGAACAAUACGAUCGCUCUGGAGAGUUACAAUUAUAUUAGUUUCAAUAAACAAACAUGGACGUUUUAUUUAUAGCAUGCAUUAGUGCAAGUUAUUUUGCACUUGUUCUAGGAACGCAUUCGGGCAGAGUUGCGUCAUGUGAGAACAUCGGGAGAGAGGAUGUCACGAAAAUAGGUGGCAUGAUACACCUCGGAGGUGACUGGACCAACAUUGUAACAUCGGCAAGGUUCGGAUGUGAUACGAAGCUUGAGAAAUGGGAAUAUUACCGUGACCGCUAUCGACGGGACCCAGUGUAUGCUGCUAUAUGGCGACAAACACAGGUGGAUCAGAUGUUUGAACUUAUAUCUUUGACAGAACUAGCAGCACAAUACCGGCCCGAUGGCGAAAUGAUUUCAGGAAAAAAUGAUGUUAGAGUCAUGCCUCCGGUUGAUGUAAGAAAGGGCGACUUCAUGGGACUACACAUGAAACGCGGAGAUAGGAUGCCUAUACGCAACAUAAACGAUGCCAAAUCAAAUGAGCCUGGAUCACAGUUUCACCUGAUUGAUUUUGAUUCUGUCCUUAACUCUCCCAUGACGGUAGAAGACAUAAUGGACGCAAAGGCUAAGGGUGAGACGACAUUUGACUUUGGAGAAAUCAAUGCAGUUGCCCGAACCUUCGCAAUCAAAGGAGGUCCUUUACGUCCAAAAGGUCCUGGCACAAAUACAGAUAAGUGUCCAACCUCUAAAUUCCCCGCUAAUAAUGUAGAGAGCUUUUCUGAUAAGGAUGUUGGGGGGAAUUGGGCACACUUGUUGCUUGAUAAGUUGCCAUGUACAGGGAACAUCACACACUUCGAGUAUUAUCGUGCCUCGCGGAAGGGAACCGCUUAUAUCAUGAUAGUCAAGGUAUUAGGUGACGGCUUGUACAAGAAAUUGUCCGUAACUGAACUUCCAGAGGCUUCCAAAGGAAAACACAUCGUUGAGCUAGCUUCACCACAAUAUGUCGAUGCAGAGCGAGAUUGUAUGGCAGUCAUUUACGAUGCGUCCAGAGCUGAAGGAGUUAUCCCAUUUGUGGCAGGGCGUGGCAUGCAAACAAUAGAGUCCGCCACAUUCAUCAAUAAUUACACUGAACGAACUCUGUUUUCAAUGGCGGAUAAAUCGUUUACGAGAAGAACUGUACUUACCAUGAGAAACUAUGCCCUAAACGCCAUUUAUGCUCAAGAUGACAGCGGUGGCGGAAACGAACUACCGACGGACUUACCUGAUGGUGGGCCAGACGGAGGUGGCGGCGGACCAAACGAUUGUUCCGUCCAGGGUACUGACAUAGUUAUAGCUGUAGAUAACAGUAAAAGUAUAGCUGAAAACGAUCUCAAUGUGGUCCGGGAGUUCAUUAGAAACUUGAUAUCCGAACUCACUAUUGGUGACGAAGGAACAAGGAUGGGUUUCCUGAGGUACAGCAGUAACCCUUUGACCGGAUUCUUCCUGGACUCGGCAAGUAACAACAAUGACCUCCUUGACCAGCUGAACAGCCAUUUCACCUUGGAAAGAUUUAGGAAAACCCAAACAGCCCGGAUGUUAAGAGCCGUAGACGAAAGUUUUUUCAAGCCGGAUGGUGGAGACAGAGAAGGCUUUAAAAACCAGUUAGUUAUUUUCUCAGAUGGUACAACAUUUCCUUAUAGGAAUGCAUUAAAGGCAAGAAAAAAGGCAACCGACCUUAAAGAGAGAGGACUUGAAAUAUUCAGCGUUGCACUUCUAAAUAGAUUUACCCCGAAUAAGGGAUACAAUACUACUGAAUUGAGAGUACUUGUGAGCGAUAAUGUGACAGAUCAUUUGAUUCAGCCUGUGGACGAAAACGGAGUUCCCAGCGCAAUUGAAUUGACUGACAAGAUAUUUGCGCAGAGAUUUCGAGAGCUUCUUCAACCAUGUGUCCCUAUUCCCUGAACACAACAACAGUUGAAUAACGAAUUCAAAGGAGGACUUUAAAUUUAGCAUUUGUAAGAUACAGGCGAUACGCUUAAUGUUGUUGCAGCUUUGACUAUAUUCCUAUUCAUUUGACUACACCAUAUAGCAUGUAAUAGUGUUGGUGAAUAAAAGCAAGUGAAUAUUUGGCGUUUGUAUACAACCAUUUUAAUGUAAAUUUGUAAAAUUACAAAAGGAAGAGAAUCGAAAUCUGUUUCAAUAUACAUUACAAACACAUUAACAUUGAUUUACUGACUAAUAUGGAUUUUUAAAUAAAUUAAAGAUAUUAUAAGGCGUAGCGAACAAAA